CCUGGGGGCGGGGCGAACGGAGGCGCCACCGGAAGCGGAAGCCAGGGUCCGCGGCUUCCCGACCAGGAAGCCUGGGAGAUAUAGUCUUCGGCGCUUUAGCCUCGCUCGGCUGCGGGGCCGGCGCCAGCGAUUGCAACAGUUCCAUUUUGCGGUACGGAAGUGACAGUGCAACACCUUCCCUGGGAAACCUUCCGGAAUAAUGUCACGCCUGUUUUUAUUUGGGAAAAGGAGACCCCCAAAUAAGGUCGAGCUAGAGUUAAAAGGUCAAGCUGGUAUUUCCUAACGUGAGCCAUGUCCAGGCCAUCCCUCAUCACAUUUACUCCAGCCACUGACUCCAGCGACCUCUGGAAGGAUGGGCAGCAGCAGCAGCAGCAGCCACAGCUGGAGAAGCCAGAGCCUGUCCUGGAUGGGGCUGCAGCUCGGGCCUUCUACGAGGCUCUAAUCGCGGAUGAGAGUAGUUCCUCUAAGCCCCAGAGAGCUGGCCCUAUCAGGGAAAGAAAGAGGAGGAAGAGGAGAAUGACGAGGGAUGCUGUGGCAGGAGCCUCAGGGCAAGGAGGGCCACUUGAGGAUGAAGACAAGAUGACCCCGUGGAUCCUGCUUGCAGCCCAGAAUGGGGAUGUGACAGAGCUUCGAAGGCUGCUGGAGCCCCGAGAGGCAGGGGGAGCCGGAGGGAACAUCAAUGCCCGCGAUGCCUUCUGGUGGACUCCCUUGAUGUGCGCUGCCAGAGCAGGCCAGGGGGCAGCCGUGCGCUAUCUCCUGGGCCGAGGGGCCGCCUGGGUAGGGGUCUGUGAGCUGGGAGGCAGAGACGCUGCUCAGCUGGCUGAAGAAGCAGGCUUCCCUGAUGUAGCCCGCAUGGUCAGAGAGAGUCCUGGGGAGACAAGGACCCCUGAGAACCAGAACCGGCCUCCCCCCUCCUCCCGGUUCUGUGAGGACUGUGGUGCCCACUUUGAAGACUCCAACCACCGUACAUCUACUGCCCACCUGCUGUCCCUGUCCAGGAGUCCCCAGCCCUCCAGCCUUCCCCUUGGGGUGUCCACCUCCAGUCCUGGCUUCAGGCUGCUGCUGAGGGGUGGCUGGGAGCCAGGAAUGGGGCUAGGACCCCGGGGCGAAGGCCGUGCCAACCCCAUUCCCACUGUCCUCAAGCGGGACCAGGAAGGAUUGGGCUACAGAUCUGCACCCCAGCCCCGAGUCACACACUUCCCAGCGCGGGAUACCCGGGCUGUGUCUGGGAAAGAGAGGGUGCCUCGAGUUGCCACACUGAGUCAGACGGAGAACAGAAAGAGAGAAGAGAAGGACAGAGCCUGGGAGCGAGAUCUGAGACUGUACAUGAACCUUGAGUUCUGACUGGGCGGGCUGGCCUUUAAUUUGUUGGACUUGGUCCCCUGGCCUGGGUAUUGGACUUCUACUUCCUGGGAUCCGCCCAGAUGCCAGACCCUCAGGUUCUGGCUCCUGGCCUCUGCUUUUAGAGAGAAUGACUGAAAGUUGGGAGAUAAAUAAACUUCCUUCAUUGUG